AGAGAGAGCGUAGACUGGUAGUUUCGGAAAUCCGAGACAGCUCGAAGCUCGUGAAUCGUCUCCAACACGUCAACUCCCGAAAGCCAUCGAUCGCGCGAUUGCGAGCUCCUCCGCAGUCGAUUCCGUUCGCCCGGCGUCCGUAGCGUCGACAGGUGAAGUCCCGCUCCGCGACAUUCUCUGGGCGAUUCGCGCUUGCCAAUCGCUCGGUUCUCUUUCGGCGCUCGUGAACGUUUGAAUCCGGACGAAAUCCGUAGUUCGUAGAACGUGCGUACGAGGAUUCCUGGCCUCGCCUCCAUCCCGGAGAUGCUAUUUCACGCCGUGUUCCUAGGUUAGCUGGGCAUACCGAAAUGUUCAAGAAAAUGUUGAUGGGUCAUACUGAUGGUCUGUCGGAGCGCAGCACAUCGAAGGACCAGCUGCUCCCUGAUCCUGAAUCUGAAAUAGACAAUGAUGAAGCAUCAUAUUCUUCUGAGGAGAUACUUUUUACGGCCUCAUUUGAGGAGCUUGCAAUGAAUCACCUCAAGUAUGAUACCAUCAUAUGGCUGUCUAUAUCCCUGCUUCUUGUUCUAGCAUGGGGAGUUGGCAUCUUUAUGUUGAUAUAUCUUCCCUAUAGAAGACAUGUGAUUCGAAAUGAUAUUCGCUCACGAAAGUUAUAUGUCACACCUACUAGAAUUGUUUACAAGGUUUCGAGGCCAUCAUUCAUACCCUUCUGGCGUCCCGCGGUAAUUGAGAAGAAUGUACCUCUUUCCUUGGUAAUUGAUAUAAUAAUUGAGCAAGGUUGGCUGCAGUCUAUCUACGGAAUUCAUACCUUCAGAGUUGAAAGCGUGGCGCGUGGAAAAGCUGCACCAGUAGAUGAGCUGCAGGUUCAGGGGGUUUCAAACCCUGGUUUACUGAGGAAGGUUAUCAUCACAGAAGCUUCCAAAGUCAUACAAGAUGCUGGCAGAAGUUGGAAGCCUUCUCCCUUUGUUGUCGAAGGAGGCAGUACGGUGACAUCAAUGACUGACGGAUCAACUUUUCUGAAGUUGCCAUCCCAAAGUUGGAAGAUGCAGAUGACUGGUUCCCCAGGCUAUCCUUCGAUUGAGCAUAGGGGCGUAGUGCCUGGUGAACUGCUGCUAAAUAAACUUGAAGAAGUCAAUAAGUCAGUGAAGAAAAUUGAAUCACUCGUUGAGAAGUCUCAAGGGAUCCCGCACAACGACUGAGAGGAAGCCAGGCAAUCUUGGCCGUCCUCUACUUUUCCAGAGCCAGUGCUCUGCCGUUGUCUGCAUCAGGCAAAGCGACAUAGAGAAGGGGUUGCCAAUGCCACAGUUUUGCCGUCCUCCCAUUCGAUGUUGUUUUAUCCACACAAUCACAAAUCAGCUUCAGGUCUAUCAGUUGAUUGAUUGCCUUUUUUAGGUUUGCUUUUUGCUGUAUAGAAUUUAGAUUUAGAAUCUCAAGAGAACUUGCAAAGGGAGGUUUCUACUUUUCCUCAGGAGGCUCCUGCCUAUUUGGGAAUUUUGAGUUGUAAAUAAUACACCGAUGACUUUUGUUUUUUCAUCCGACAACACCGACGGGUGUCGCUUCUGAUUCCUUUCAUGGUGGAGCAUUGUUACUCGUUGAUUGUGGUGUGUACACAUGCGAAAUUGUUGUUCUCUUCGCAACUA